CCAGACUCUAUUUAAUUCCAAUUCAGUGAGGCUAAAAAGAAGCCUAUCAAGAGGAGAAAGGGAGCAGAUGGAAGUGGCGAUACCAAUGGCACCAGCCCAAGACUUCCGCUUCCAGAGUGCAUCCGCCUCCCCAUAUGCGAGUGCACCGUCAAGCCCGAAGCCCUUCGGCCAUCCCUCAGACUACUCCUUCCAUUAUGCCAGUGCCCCCGCCAGCCCCUCUCGAACUGCGGCCAUCUAUGCCCAUGUAUUUGGUUGGGAGGACAAAUCCGGCAGGCCAAAGCCUAGCGUCGAUGAUGAAGAAGAAUUCGACUUUGCCUUCGGUUUUGAUAGGCAGCUCCAGAGGAAAGCGCCGACGACAAAUCUUGCCGCUGCCGAUGAGCUCUUUGAGAAGGGGAGGAUCCGGCCUCUGAAGCCUCCUCCCCAUCUCCACCAUCCUGCAAAGGAUGAUGGGAGCAGUACAGCUUCCUCCUCUUCGCGAGGAGGAGGUGGUGGUUACAAACCUCCAUCUCAAGAGGUUGUAGAGGAAGGCGUGAAAGAUAGAGGGAGGACCCCCUCUACUCGUUCCACCACUUGUUCUUCCAGAAGUAGGAGAGGGCCGAGAUCCCUCUCUCCUAUUAGAGGAGCUGGGGACUUUCGCAACUUCGUCACCUCCUCUACCACACCCACCCCCACCUCUUCAACGAAGGGUGGUGGGAGCAAGAGGUGGAGGUUGAAAGACUUGCUCCUGUUCCGGAGUGCUUCAGAAGGAUGUGCGACCGAGAGAGGAAGCAAAGAUGCUCCGCGCAAGCACUCCAUGUUUUCGCUGCCGCCAUUUUUAUCCAACAGGAGAAGGUCAGGAGGGGAGCAUGCAAAGAAUUCCGGCUCCAAGCCGACUGAUAAGAAUGGUUCGAUUAGAAGAGGAAGCGGGCCGGCUGUCUCUGCGCACGAGAAGCACUACACCAUGAACCGUGCGGCGUCGGAGGAUUUGAAGAAGAAAACGCCCCUGCCUUUCCACCGCCCUGGCCUGUUUGGUUGCUCCAGCUUCGACCCAGCCAUCGACAGCAUCACCAGAGGAGUUAGUAGCAACUCCUCCCGGGGGCGAACCUAAUAACUGAUCAAGUUGAAUUGCCCACACGAGAAGGAAAAAAAAGAAAAAAAAAACUACUAUUCUUCUUUUAUAAAUACUUAUUAUUUAUUCAU